AUGAACGACGUUAACUUCUACGAAGAAAUCGAACAUGGUUUUAAAGAUUACACUGGUUACGGGACGGAGUGGAUUUUCUUUCCGGACGGUACUGGUAUACCUUACUUCGUUAAUUUGACUAUGCCUACAUCGAUACAGCUACGUAGUAGACACAACAAGGAGAUAGAAUACAGAUUAUACACCAGAGAAUUAUCCGACUACAUAAUUUUAGACCAGUCAGCGGAACCACCCAACGACAACGGCACUAAUAUACGAGAACUAUUGUCCAACAAACCAGUCAAAUUGGUAACACACGGCUGGAAGUCUUCGGCAGAAGACAGCGUUGUCAUGGGCAUCAAAGAAUCCUACUUGAAAAAUAAAGAUGUUGCUGUUAUAGGCAUUGACUGGAGCGACACGGCGAAGGACUAUCUUUAUCCGUUGGUUGCGGAAUACAUAGGGGACGUGGGGGCGUAUGUUGGGCAGUUUCUAGAUGCUUUUUGCCAUCUUUACAAUGUGUCUGGAGGGAGGUUGCAUUUGAUCGGGCAUAGCCUCGGAGCACACGUUAUGGGGAUUGCUGCGUCAAAAACUAAUGUGACGAUAGCAAGAAUCACCGGCCUUGACCCGGCACGACCUUUGUUUGAGUUCCCGAAGAAGCCAAAAGCGUUAUCCCUGGACGCAUCGGACGCAGAAUUUGUGGAUGUGAUCCACUCGUGCAGCGGUGUUCUCGGCGUCCAAAAUCCUAUCGGCAAUGUAGAUUAUUACCCUAAUAGCGGCACACCACCUCAACCCGGUUGCAUGUAG